AUGUCAUCGCAAUUGUUCUCAUUUGAGAUAGUCCACGGCGCUACUCCCGAGACGUACGACAGUUCCUACACCGGUGGCACCAAUGCCGGAGACGUCAACGGCACUCCUGACUUUGCGAGUGGUACCAGGGGCGGUCGCCGCGCCCAGACCGCUGAUACGUCCAUACAGGGUGGUCGUCAUGGGGGUGCCGGCUAUGGGCAUCACGGGGGAAGUAAAACAGAUCAAUCAGAAAAACGUCCUGUCACUCACAAUGAAGCUACUCCUCAAAAGCUAUCAGAGGCCAAUGACAGGAUCGUAUACACCAAAAGAUGUGACGAUGCUAAAAAGAAACUUCAGCAGAAGAACGCACAAAACGCUACCGGGGCGCAAUCUGGUCGUUAA